UCAGCUACUCCCUUUUUAAUACUUGUGGAUCAUACAUCAUUUGUCAACAUCAAAUGAUAAGACAAACACUCCCCAAGGAAUCUCAACCCAACAGGCGGCAUAACAGGGACAGGUAUUCGCAAUCCGAAUGAGUUCAAACAAAUCAUUUUCAAAUCGAGGUGGUGGUUUAUUUUGUCCUGCACCGAGGAGAAUCAACGACUCAUUUAAAAAAGCAUCGAAGCUUAUAAAAUUUUUGGGGUUUUAUAAGGGGCCCUACGAUGUUGUUGCUGUCAAAGAGCCAUAAACAUGCUCGACCUAAAGCGAAGGAAAAAUGGCUCUCGUUCAUGAAACUAUUCAAAGUUCAGUUGGUGCAGAAGGAUUCUGGUCCUACUACCCUUAUGGAACUACGGUGUCGAUAAUCAUCACAGUGUUAGCUAUGGUAUUGGGGUAUUUGUAUGGUCCAUAUUGGAAGGUGAGAAGGGUGCCCGGUCCACCAACUAUACCACUGGUAGGACACCUGCCCUUGAUGGCCAAGUACGGCCCUGAUGUGUUUUCAGUCCUUGCUAAACAAUACGGUCCUAUUUUCAGGUUUCAUAUGGGUAGACAACCCUUGAUAAUCGUUGCAGAUGCAGAGCUUUGUAAAGAAGUUGGAAUAAAGAAAUUCAAGGACAUUCCAAAUAGAAGCAUUCCUUCACCUAUUGCUGCCUCCCCACUUCAUCAAAAGGGUCUUUUUUUCACCAGGGAUGCAAGAUGGUCCACCAUGAGAAACACAAUAUUAUCUGUCUAUCAACCAUCACACUUGGCUAGCCUAGUUCCCACCAUGCAAAAUUACAUUGAAUCAGCUACUGAAAAUCUCCAUUCAUCUAAACAAGACAUUAUUUUUUCUAACCUUUCACUCAAAUUGGCGACUGAUGUAAUUGGACAAGCUGCUUUUGGGGUUAACUUUGGUCUCACUAAGCCACAAUCGAUCAAUGAAUCAAUCAGGACCGUGGAUAAACAAGGCAGUCAAGAUGAUGAAGUCUCUGACUUCAUCAAUCAACAUAUCUACUCCACAACACAACUUAAGAUGGACUUGUCAGGUUCUCUGUCGAUUAUAUUAGGUUUACUUGUUCCCAUAUUACAAGAGCCUUUCAGGCAGAUUUUGAAACGAAUACCAGGAACCAUGGACUGGAAAGUUGAGAGGACUAACAAGAAAUUGAGUGGCAAGCUUGAUGAGAUUGUGUCAAACAGAAUGAAAGACAAGAACCGAGGUUCAAAGGACUUCUUGUCUCAAAUAUUGAGUGCAAGGGAAUCAGAGAAUGUGGCCAAGAAUGUUUUCACUCCUGACUAUAUCAGUGCAGUUACUUAUGAACACCUCCUUGCUGGUUCAGCAACUACAUCCUUUACAUUGUCAUCGAUUGUUUAUUUAGUUGCUGGACAUCCAGAGGUUGAGAAAAAGUUGGUCGCAGAGAUUGAUGGGUUUGGUCCACAUGACCAGGUGCCAACUGCUUAUGACCUCCAGCAUAAAUUUCCUUAUCUUGAUCAGGUGAUCAAAGAAGCUAUGAGGUUCUACAUAGUUUCUCCAUUAGUUGCAAGAGAAACAUCAAAAGAAGUGGAGAUAGGAGGUUACCUUCUGCCUAAGGGAACUUGGGUGUGGUUAGCAGUUGGGGUCUUAGCAAAAGAUCCAAAGAAUUUCCCAAACCCAGAUAAGUUUAUACCAGAACGGUUUGAUCCAAACUGUGAAGAAGAAAAACAAAGGCACCCGUAUGCUCUCAUACCCUUUGGAAUUGGGCCACGGGCAUGCGUCGGCCGGAAGUUCUCUUUACAGGAAAUCAAACUUUCCUUGAUACAUAUAUAUCGGAAAUAUACAUUUCAACAUUCUUCAACCAUGGAAAAUCCUUUGGAGCUUGAAUAUGGCAUAGUUCUCAACUUCAAACACGGUGUAAAACUCACUGUCACAAAAAGAACAUGAUUGUUGUAUCUGACUGAGUUAUAUUUCCUCAGUCGUAUUAAUGCGAAAAGGUGUCAUACUAUACGCCUAAAAGUCUAAAACAAAUGAAAGAACAAAGAAAUGUUUGGUCAGAUCCCUUCACCUAUUUUACAUUUUUAUUAGUACUAUGUACAAUUUUGCUGUAAAAGUUAUUGGACGUUGCUAUAGAGUGCUUCAAAGGGUAUUUUAUGAAUUCUAUUACAGUAAAAGAUAUAAUUAAUAACCUUAAAAGAGUGUUUGCAAAAUUAUUUUAUCAUUUGGUGAAAGCAGCCAGAAGUGACACCCUUGGGCUAGGGAGUCCCAUGUAUGCAAGUGUGGGUGAGACUCGAAUUUUGUGGCUCGGUCGUGGUGAAGGUAUUGGAACAGAGGUUCCAAAGCGACCAGGGGUGACUCUAGGAGACAGGUUAACUUGUUCCAGAGCUUGGGAUUGCAGUUCUUUUGGGUACUCUCUGACACAGCCAAUUCGAGGACCGAUUCCACUUGUCCACUUGCAAGACAAAGGCUUGGCCAUGUUGAAUGCUUGUGCUGCACUGCUGUCAAUGCUAACUUCAAGACUAUCAGUUCUGAUGCAUUCAUCAUUUGCGGGCUCAUCAUCGACCUCUUCAGUCUUUGAAUCUCUCGAUUUUUCUGUUUCCGUUGUAUCUUUAAUUACCCCAUGCUUGGACUCAUAGCCGACAACUUUGUUUGAGGUGUAGCCCUCAU